ACCGCGCUCGUUCCGCGCUCCCCGUAGCACUAUACCGGGCCGGGACUUUAGCACACCGACACCUCCGCGCGAGGUGUGGGGGUGAGCACCAGAGGAGGUGUCAAUCCUGGCGCUGCUCAGUGACCAUCGCGGCGCCACCCAAGUAACACCUUAACCUCCGGCAACCCGGACGAGAGCCCCCGAGCGCCACGCGUCCCCGCGACCUCGUAGCCGACGCGUUAGGUGGGUGCCGGUCGACCCGGUCGUCGCGACGGCGCCAGGCGCCAUGCCGGUUCGCGAGUGCCGCGCGCGGGACCUCUCCUACGUGGGCCCGCGGUCGCCCUAGACUCGGCCUAGGGGUGCAGACCUAGACGGUGGUCGUCACCGCCGUCGGUGGCGGAAUUUUCGCGAGGAUACUCUUUAGCCCUCGCGGGGCGCCGACCCCUGCGAUGAGCCGACUCCCGGCCUGAGGCCCGUCGACGGCCCGGGUGAGGCGUCGAGGAUGUCGACGCCGGAUGUCGGUUCGGAGGUACGGGCCUGGACAGAGACUCCGCUCCCCCGGACCGACCCUCGCGGCACCUCCAGCCGCGGAUCGGCCGUGGAGCAUCGAGGGAGCUAGGACCUGGGCAGACCUGGCGGUUCCUGGGAGAUAGACGGAUCGGGAUGUCAGCGGAGGGGGUCGUUCCCCGGUGGAGAUAAACCUUGGAAGCGAUAUCCGGUGACUGGGUCGCGAGUGCCAGGCGGGACCGACCGUGCGCCCCGCGUGGCCGGGAACUACCGGGUUCCCCCGGAGGAGGAGGCGGGAAAGGGAAUCGGUCGGACGGCCAGGGCCCGAGCCUCGAGAGGCCGACUCGCAUCGGCGGCUCGCGCUCGGCCGGGCAACCCCCUUUAAUCUCGAUGAGAUACGAACAAGACUCCGCGUGCAGGGGUACCCACUGCGCCAGCACUCCGCUACCGGCCGCCGCACUGCAGCGCCCACGCGACCCGCGAGACCGCGAGCCGGACCCGCAGCCGCAGAGCCCCAGGAGGCGGGAGUCCGGCCUCGCCUCGGGCCAGCACCAGCGGCGCCGCGCCCCCGACUCGGAGAGACCCCCUGCCGACCUCAGGGAGGAGGGCGCGAAGACGGGGCUCAGGGCCGAGGUGGCGGCGGCGGCGGCGGCGGGGCCUGGGAUGGCGUACCCCGCUCCCAAGGCGGCGGCGACGGCGACCCUCGCGCAACAUUCGCCCUUCUCGGGGGCCAACCCCGCGGGACCCGGUGGACCCGGUGGGCCCGUUCACCUGGCCGGUCACCUGCCCGCCCCCGCCGCCCCCCGGCCCACGGACUUCAGCGUCUCGUCGCUCCUCACCGCCGUCGGCGGGGCCACCCAUCCGCCCGUUCUCGGCUGCUCGUCCUCCCAGGGUAGCGCCUCGCCGCCCCCUGGGGGUCCCGGGAGUCCUGCCGCCGCCCCCGAGACGCCCCCGCCGUCUCUCGCCGGGCAGCGGGAGUUCGCCCAGCAUCAGUCCUCCGCCGUCGCCAGCUAUUUCGGCGCCGCCGCCCUCGCUGCUGCUGGAUUCUACGGGCCCGCUGCCCAUCUGCCCCCUGCCAGCUCACCUGGACCCACCCAUCAUCUGCAGGGAAAAGGCAUCCUAGCUGGACCGCAUCAUCAUCCCCAUCUCAACCCCCACGGCCUCACGCCUCCCGGUCUGGGCCUAGGGCCCCACACGCCCGAGGAGGCCCACGCCGCCGUGCUGGCAGCUGCGGCCGCGGCGCUGCACCACCAAGGUGCUCCCGGCGGGCCGGGCAUGAGGCCCCUGAGGCCCCCACUGCCCCCGGGCAUGCUGCACGCGUCCCCCCACCCCUUGGCGACUCAUCACGCCUUGGCGGGGCCGCACCAGCCCCUGGCACCGCCUCAUCACCCGGAGGAGGACGGGGUCGUGGACGACCCCAAGGUCACCCUCGAGGGUAAGGAGCUCUGGGAGAAGUUCCACAAGCUGGGCACCGAGAUGGUCAUCACCAAGAGCGGCCGGCAGAUGUUUCCUCAGAUGAAGUUCAGAGUUUCCGGUCUGGACGCGAAGGCCAAGUACAUCCUCCUGCUGGACAUCGUGGCCGCCGACGACUACAGAUACAAGUUCCACAACAGUAGGUGGAUGGUCGCCGGAAAAGCGGACCCGGAAAUGCCGAAGAGGAUGUACAUACAUCCGGAUUCCCCAACGAGUGGCGAGCAAUGGAUGCAGAAGGUCGUCAGCUUUCACAAGCUCAAGCUCACCAACAACAUCAGCGACAAGCACGGCUUUGUAAGUACUACGAUACUCAACUCCAUGCACAAAUACCAGCCGAGGUUUCAUCUCGUGAGGGCGAACGACAUCAUGAAACUUCCCUACUCCACGUUUCGAAGUUACGUCUUUAAGGAGACCGAGUUCAUCGCCGUGACGGCCUACCAAAACGAGAAGAUCACGCAGCUGAAGAUCGACAACAACCCCUUCGCCAAGGGCUUCCGGGACACGGGGGCAGGAAAGCGAGAGAAAAAAAGGCAGGCGCUGUUGACCGUGUCCGGCGGCGGUUCGCGGUUGACCUCCGGAGCGCCACCAUCGCCUAAAAAGAGGCGCUACUCGAACUCCGGGACCGAUGCGCUGGACGACGAGGACAAGCUCCUGGACGUGGUGGGCCCAGAUACGCCGCACCCCCUACAGCACCAGGAUCGGGAACACUCUCGGGAGCGAGACGACAGGACGAGCGAGCGAGGGGAGGGAAGCGAGUCGUCGGGAUCCGAGAGCGGCGGCGGAGGCGGCGGCGCAGGGACGGCAGCGUCGGAAGGUCCACGGCCAGACGUGUCGGUAGGCCCCCCGCUGCAUCCUCCUCUGCUGCCGUACCUGUACCCUCCGGUGCCAGGGUUGUACCCAGGUCCAGGUCCGCUGAUCCCGCCCAGCCCCCUCGGUCUGCACGGAGGGGUGACCCCAGGGAUGCUGUUCAACGCGCAGCUGGCGCUGGCGGCGUCGCAGCACCCCGCCCUGUUCGCCCACUACCCUCACCCUCUGGCGAGUCCGUUGCACCAGCUGAAGGGGCACCGGUUCGCACCCUACACGCUGCCGGCGCCCUCUCACGGGUCGGCGUUCGAGACGGUGACCCCCGGGAGUCGAACGCUGAGUCCCCGCUCGCCGCCGCCGCGGCCGCCGACCGGGUCGCCGACGCCUGCCUCCGGGCUCAACUCCGGCCAGGGCGCGGGCGACCUUAAGUCCAUCGAGAACAUGGUCAACGGCCUCCAGGACAAGCGGAAACGCAGCCCCAGCCUCACCCCCGGGCACCGUGGCGACGCCGAGGCCGGCGGGGGGAGUCCGUGACAGCAGCACCAGAACGACCUCCUCGUCACGAGCACCAACGACGAGCCCGAGGACCUCGCCCGCUGCUCCGACUCCGAGGACCCCGAGGACCUCGACGAGGACGAACCCGGGGAACUGGAGCCAGACUCCACCUCGGACCCCUCGUAGCGAGUCGUGUCGGCCCCCGACCCGGGAGCGAGCCGAACAAAGUGCAAUUUUAACUAACCGAGGCCGAGGGCCUCCGUUGCCUCGCCUCCCGGCACUCUUAGCGCCCUCUGUACAUAUACGUAAGACGAGAGAGAGAGAGAGAGAGAGAAAGAGAGAGAUUCGCAUCCGCGAAUCUGGACCGGCGAGACCUCGACCUCCCAUCGGAUCCUUGUAAAUUUACGCGAUCGGGCGGAGCAUCUCCUACGUUCUACCUGCGAAUAUUAGGGACUUAUUAUAUAUAUAAAUAUAUAAAGAUCAGAGGAUAUUAAAUGACGAUAUUGCAAUACGAAAGGCACCUCCACUAUUUGCAGACCCCUGUAUAUAUGUACCUUAGGGAUAUUAUGUGUAUAUAUGAUAUAUGCUAUGUAUAUUAUAUAUAUACAUGUAUGGAUAUGCGUACCCCCCACUUGUAUUAAUUAUUGAAUAUAUUAUAUUAAUUAUUAGAGUCGACGGAAUCUACCCAUCGUGCGGACGCUGCCCGGUUAUGUCUCGUAUCGUGCGAGAGUACCGAGGACGCAUGACGCUCUUCGAGAGCUUCUUCGAGGUCUUCUUCGAGUUCUUUUCGGUUUUCCGUUCGCUUACACCUACAUGAUCGCUGACGGUUUUCCUGGGACCUUUCUUCUUGAAUGUUUUGAUCGGCUGCCGCGCCGAAUCGAAAUCAACUGCGUGUAGAAUCGCAACUGAUGGCAAAUUUUUAAUCCUGCACUCGGGUCGAAAUUUGUAUCCUACUUGGGAAUUCUAAUUGUUGGUCUUAAGAGGAUAUCAAAGAGACUUCUGAAGGGUCUAUUGUUCGUGGAAUUUUUCUGCGAACUGGAGGUACCGAAUCUUUUCAAACUUCACAUCGUGAAUAUGGUAAUCCUAAGAAAGGUGAUGACACUGAUGAAAGUUCAUUUUCUUAGAAAAAAAUUUUUAAAUAUAUGUAAACAAAUUAAAAAAAUAAAUUGAAUUUUCAUAAGCGGGAGGACCUUUCUUAUAAUAUCCAUAUUCACGUUUAAUACUUGAAGGAGGGCAAAAAUUUCGACUCUGGCAACGCCGCCAUUUUGGAGAACGCGGUUGAUCAGUCGCGUCGCUCUGAAAUUUCGAUAUCGUGGCGCCGAAAUUUCUUUAUAAUUCUGAAAUUUCGAGAUCGUGGCGCCGAAAUUUCUUUAUACUGUUGAAAUUUCGAGGCUAACCCUUCCAGAAUCUCUUCCUCGUUGCGAUUUAACCUGUUCUUAAACGAAAUUCACCGUUAGGGACGGUUUAAUGCGCCGUUACGUCGGACUUUUUCUCAGACCGUCGUGCCAUCUUGCGAUCGAUUUGUGACGAUUAUCGUCGAACUGGUGGAAAUAAAAUCGAUGCUUCGAUUUUAUCUCAGGAACGAAGAUGUUUGUCACGAACGGUACCGUUUUUUGCGUUUACCAAACGUCUCGGCUGGACGACUCCAUUCGAGGGUGCGAUUAAUUCCUUUUGUCUCGAAGGCAAAUAAUUACCUACAGAGACAAUUACUUUUAUUUUACGUCAGUGAUUUAAGUUCUAGAAACUCGUGUGAUGUCAAGUCCAGCCGUGGUGGUCGGUACGAGUAUAGGAUUUUUAUCGUUUAUGGUGUACAGUCGCAUCUCGAUUGAUUAACGGUUCAACAGUGAACUCCCCUAAAAUCUGUAAAAGUGGACUCGAUGACGUAAGUAAUCGCAAUGGCGGAAUCUCGCAGAGAUGCUGAAGGGAAAAAAUUAGAAUCCGAUUUAUUGAACCGGUAGAGUAUUAACAAUGGGACGAUUAUCUUUUUUCUGGUUAAGAAAAUACCAGUUAAGGUGUUAUGAAAGUGUCAUACACCAGAAGGCAAAAUAUUUAUAAAACUUUUCUCCAAACUGGGUGC